CCGAGAAACAACCGUGGUCUCCACAAGCGCACACGCCCCGCGGCGCCCAAAUCUCACCUCGCCAUAUAUUACGCUCUCCUCUCCCAAUCCCAAAUCGUCUUCUUCAUCAUCAUCAUCAUCAUCAUCUGGCACACUUUCCCAGCACAAGCAGCCCAUUUCCUCCCCCUAACUAACUCCAGUCACUCCCAUACCCUUCUCGCUUUCACUGAUUGGGUUCGAUUAUUGUUGCUUUCUGGAAUAGCUUGUUCCUUCCAACCAUGUAUAUAGCCACCGGGACCUCCGCGCUUCUCAGAAGAGCGUCGGCUUCUCGCUCUGGGAGAAAGGCUUUUUCUUCGCUUUGUAAGAAGCAGGGAUCGCCCUCGCCUCUGCCGUCGACCGGUUCGUUUGGCGUCGGGCAUCAGCAGUAUAGAUCGUUGAGUUAUCUGACCGCCGCGAGGUGGAGCCACGGUGUUGAUUGGAAAUCGCCGACUAGUCUAUCGGCGCAGAUCAGAAUCGCCGCCGCCGCUUCUGAUUCCCCUUUGCAGCGCAAGAUCUCUACCAUGGCUUCCGAGAAUGCUUUCAAGGGAAUUUUCACUAGCCUUCCUAAGCCGGGUGGUGGCGAAUUCGGAAAAUUCUACAGCCUUCCUGCUCUGAAUGAUCCAAGAAUAGAUAAACUGCCAUACUCUAUUAGAAUCCUUCUCGAGUCUGCCAUACGCAACUGCGAUGGUUUCCAAGUUACAAAGGAAGAUGUUGAGAAGAUUAUUGACUGGGAAAAGACAUCCGGAAAGCAAGUCGAGAUUCCAUUCAAGCCUGCCCGUGUGCUUCUUCAGGAUUUUACGGGCGUUCCUGCUGUGGUUGAUCUGGCUUGCAUGCGUGAUGCUAUGAAUAAUCUUGGCAGUGACUCCAAUAAGAUUAAUCCACUGGUUCCUGUAGAUCUGGUCAUUGAUCAUUCAGUUCAAGUGGACGUUACAAGAUCAGCUAAUGCUGUUCAGGCAAAUAUGGAGCUUGAAUUCCAGAGAAACAAGGAGAGAUUUGCUUUUCUUAAGUGGGGCUCCAAGGCCUUCCAGAACAUGCUCGUUGUUCCUCCUGGUUCGGGUAUUGUGCAUCAGGUCAAUCUUGAAUAUCUUGGGCGGGUUGUCUUUAACAACGAGGGACUACUCUAUCCGGAUAGUGUGGUCGGAACUGAUUCCCACACCACCAUGAUUGAUGGGUUGGGAGUCGCUGGUUGGGGAGUCGGAGGUAUUGAAGCAGAGGCAGCAAUGCUCGGUCAGCCAAUGAGCAUGGUGCUUCCUGGGGUAGUCGGAUUCAAGUUAUCUGGGAAAUUAAGGGAUGGUGUCACAGCCACUGACUUGGUUUUAACUGUCACACAAAUGCUGAGGAAGCAUGGUGUUGUUGGAAAAUUUGUCGAAUUUCAUGGCCAAGGUGUGGGUGAAAUCUCACUGGCUGACCGAGCCACCAUUGCUAACAUGUCUCCAGAAUACGGUGCCACCAUGGGAUUCUUUCCAGUCGAUCAUGUCACCCUACAAUACCUGAAAUUAACAGGCAGAAGUGAUGAGACUGUGUCAAUGAUAGAAGCUUAUCUCCGUGCAAACAAGAUGUUUGUCGACUACAAUGAGCCUCAACAAGAAAGAGUGUACUCAUCCGAUUUGCACCUAGACCUGGGAGAAGUUGAGCCAUGUAUUUCUGGACCAAAAAGGCCUCACGACCGAGUUCCUUUGAAAGAAAUGAAAUCCGAUUGGCAUUCUUGCCUUGACAACAAAGUCGGUUUCAAGGGCUUUGCAGUGCCAAAAGAGGCUCAAGAUAAAGUUGCUAAGUUCUCAUUCCAUGGACAACCUGCUGAGCUUAAGCACGGGAGUGUUGUGAUUGCUGCUAUAACGAGUUGCACAAAUACAUCAAACCCCAGUGUUAUGCUUGGAGCCGGCCUUGUAGCUAAAAAGGCAUGCGAACUGGGGCUUCAGGUAAAACCAUGGAUAAAGACAAGUCUUGCUCCUGGCUCAGGUGUCGUAACAAAGUACUUGGAGAAGAGUGGGUUGCAGAAGUAUUUGAACGAGCAAGGCUUUAGCAUUGUGGGUUACGGUUGCACAACGUGCAUUGGAAACUCGGGUGAAUUGGACGAAUCAGUUGCUGCUGCUAUAUCAGAAAAUGAUGUUGUUGCUGCUGCUGUACUUUCUGGAAACCGUAACUUCGAGGGCCGUGUUCAUCCCUUGACUAGAGCCAACUAUUUGGCUUCCCCGCCUCUCGUCGUAGCUUAUGCGCUUGCUGGAACGGUCGAUAUUGACUUCGCAAAGGAGCCGAUUGGCGUAGGCAAGGACGGUAAAGAAGUCUAUUUUAGAGAUAUCUGGCCCUCAACCGACGAAGUAGCGCAGGUGGUUCAAUCAAGCGUGCUGCCCGACAUGUUCAAGAGCACGUAUGAGGCCAUAACUCAAGGCAAUCCGAUGUGGAACCAGCUAUCGGUGCCCACGUCGAAGCUUUACUCAUGGGACCCGAACUCUACGUACAUUCACGAGCCGCCGUACUUCAAGAAUAUGACGAUGGAUCCUCCAGGCCCCCACGGCGUAAAAGACGCGUACUGCUUGCUGAAUUUUGGCGACAGCAUCACCACCGAUCACAUCUCCCCCGCCGGCAGCAUCAACAAAGAUAGCCCGGCAGCCAAGUUCCUCCUCGAGCGUGGAGUCGAGCGCAAAGAUUUCAACUCGUACGGUAGCCGACGCGGUAACGAUGAGAUCAUGGCGAGGGGAACUUUCGCGAAUAUCCGCCUCGUGAACAAGUUAUUGAAUGGGGAAGUCGGCCCGAAGACAGUCCAUGUUCCUUCGGGUGAAAAGCUCUACGUCUUCGAUGCUGCAAUGAAAUACAAGUCGGCCGGGCAGGACACGAUUAUUUUGGCCGGAGCAGAGUAUGGAAGCGGAAGCUCAAGAGAUUGGGCUGCUAAAGGACCGAUGCUUUUGGGAGUUAAAGCCGUGAUAGCGAAAAGCUUCGAGAGGAUCCACCGGAGCAAUCUCGUCGGUAUGGGGAUUAUCCCUCUAUGCUUCAAGUCCGGCCAGGAUGCCGACACUUUGGGCCUAACCGGCCACGAGCGCUACACAAUCGAUCUCCCGACCAACUUAUCGGACAUCCGGCCGGGCCAAGAUGUCAAUGUCCACACCGACUCCGGAAAACAAUUCACAUGCACCGUGCGCUUCGACACAGAGGUGGAGUUGGCUUACUUCAACCACGGCGGCAUUCUCCCGUACGUGAUUCGACAGCUGAGCAAGCAGUAAGAACCAGGCCGGCCGCCAUCGAUGGGUGUGUUCAUUUGGCGUAAAGUUUUGAGAAAUCAACUGUAGUGUUACUGUGGGCGAAAUCACAUUCUAGGCGACGAAAUCACAUUCUAGGCGACGAAACUGCAGACUAGUGUGUAGGGUUUGAUCAUGGCGAGCUUUCCCAUAUCCCUUGCCUUUCAUGUAUAGGAGAAGCAGUCCGUUAGUUCUAUGGUUAUGCGCGGCAGUCAAUUGCCAACACACGAGCACGGCCGUGCAUACUUAUCUGUUUAUUUCUGUUUCGGUCUUACGUAACUCUUGGACGAUUUGUAAUGUACUGCACGUCACCGGACGGCCUACGCGCAUGACAUAUUUUUGUCAUUGACGUUUGUUAACUUUUGGUAUUCGGCAUA